AUGGUGAGACUAUCAACAAGAAGACAAAAGUGCAACAACUGGAAUGAGGAUGAAACAUGUCCUAAUAUAGUAAAGAGAAUAAAGAUUUUGACCUUUGAAUCACGAACUUGCAAAGCUUAUCAGUCAACGGAGGGUGAAUAUGAAGUGAAGGAUGGGAAGUCUAUGCUUCUUGUGUCACUAAACAAAAAGACAUGUCUCUGUGGGGCAUGGAAAAUUCCAGGUUUGCCUUGCAAACAUGCAAUUAGAGCAAUCUUGGCUGCUGGAUUGAACCCAUACAAAUUUUGCAGCACAUGGUUCUCAGUCCAAACUUAUAAGCAAGCUUAUGUUAACUCAAUACACACUGUACCAGAUUUUGAGCAUUGGCCAGAGAUUGAUAUGCCUACAAUACUACCACCACAGAUGAAAAGAGGCAUUGGUAGGCCAUCUAGACAAAGAAGAAGGGCACCUGAUGAACCAGACAAAGGAAAAAGGUCUACAACAGUCCAAUGUCAGAGAUGUAUGUGUUAUGGACACAACAAACAGACAUGUAAGGGUGGACUCAUAGCAGCAGAGCAAAGUGAUAGGGAUGGACAUAGAAUUGCAAAGAAAACUUCUGAAUCCACUAAACGUAAUGCACCAAAGAGUACCUCCACAUCAAACCCACCAAACCCACCUAGAAGAUUCACAAGAAGCUCAUUGCAGUCUGUUUCUCAACCACACGCCCUUUAUUAA